AUGGAAGGUUCUCCACUAUCUCCUGACUUGCCAACCCUUCAAGAUCAAGAAUUCCCUGAUAAUUCGCUUUUGAAUGAUAAUGAUUCAUCCCUUUGGUUUUCCUUUGCUCGCAGCAGAAACGAGGACAGCGCUUAUGAAAAUUCGCUAAGAAAACAAUCUGAUAUUUCGCUUUUGAAUGAUAUUGAUUCAUCCCCUUGGUUUUCCUUACCUCGCAGCAGAAACGAGGACAGCGCUUAUGAAAAUUCAUUAAGGAAAGAACACAAGACACUGAUAAACUUGAAUGAAAUGUUUGAGAAAGUGAACAAUAAUAUGAAUCAAGCGGCUCUAAAUUUGCAGCAAUUUUCCAACACAGUUGAACAAACGGACCAAUUAUUAGAUAUAUGGAUAAAUAUAUUAUCACAAAGUAUACAUACACAGCAAUUAAUUUCAGAUCCAUCAUGGCAAGGUUCUUCUGCGGAAAAACAGCGCGUAUUAGAAGAGCAGGCAAAAGAACGGGAACGUCGAGACUAA